AGUAAACUUUUGACGUGUUAAGAUGCGUAAGUUUUUGUGCAUUAUAGUUAUGACCGCGGUGACUAAUAGUAAUUUAGUUUGUGAGAAAAACGAGGAAUUUUCAAAAUUAAUAUCGCAAAUUAGAAAGCAAAAAGAGACUAUAUCAGACACAUUGUUAGAACCGUACGGGGAUGUCGUUGAACAAUUUCAAAAACUUCUAGACAAACUUGGAAAGUAUAUAUCGACGGCCGCAAAUAACUUGAACGAAUUGGAAAGAAAUGCCAAAAAUAUUUCCAAUAAAACAGACCUUUUAAAUAUAAAGAGAAAUGAGUUUUACGAUGAAUUGAUUAAAUUAGAAAAAGAUCUGGCCAAUUUCAGAAUUCUAGGAGAUUUAUCGAUUGACGGCAUCAAAAAUAACACUGACCACAUUGAAGAGAUUAUCGAAAACGUAAAAGAUAUUGAAAAUGAACUCGAAUAUUGGAAUAAUUUUGCCGAAAAUUAUAAUGAAACUAAUUUAUACAAUAAUAUAAUGAACAUACCUCAUAGUGUUUCGGAAGAUUUAUCAUUUAUAGAAAACGCUAUGUACGAGGAUGAUAAUAUAACUUGUACUUAUAUGAUAAAUGAGGAUUUGAAAUCAGUUUUUGAACAACUGGCUACUUUACUAGACUUUACCGAGGUUGCAAAAGACGUUGCUGAUCUCAAAAUUAUCGCUGAAAAAAAUAGGUUGGCGGUAAACGCCGAAAUUGACAUUUUUAAACAAUUAGUUGAUAAAGAAAAAGAAGCAAGAAUGCUAGUGGAAACGGGAAAUCGUUUAGAAGAUUUACUAGAUCAGCUAAAUGACGUUUUAUACGAUCUGAAUAUCAAUAAAUUAUCCGAAAUAGAUUCACGAAUUGAACAGACGGAAAACGAAAUUGAAAAUAAUCAUAUUAAAACAAAUUGUUAUAUGGCAUUUCUUCAAAAUUGUCACAUACAACAGCCUAAUACCCUAUCAGAGCCCCUAGAAUGUAUAGAUAAAUAUUGCAAUAAACAAUAAGUGAGAAUUGUUGCUACUUAUGACAUCUAUCUGUAGAACACAUCAAACUAACUUUUUUAGUACUGCAAUAAUUUUACAGUUACCUGUUUAUUCAACUGUGUAUUACAGGUAUCUUUUCAUAUAGCUUUCGCUAUUGAGAUGUAGGUGUCGCAGUCAUUAAUAAUAUAAAAAGAUUAAUAAUCUGUCUAUUAUUAAAAAAUUGUAUAAUAGAAAAGUAUAAUAAAAAGUAUUAAUUAAUAUAA